AUGAUUGUAAUUCUGCUGAUGAAUAUGUUGAUGGUAUUAUACAGUGGCGGCCAAGAAUCGGAGCCCCCAGCCCUUCCACCAGAGCUUCCACUUGCACCUGAAAGAAAUCUGAACAAUAUCACGUUCUUCAAUGGGGUCUUUCAAAAUGUGGACAGCGUUGCAUUGUUUUUUGACUGCCUGGGUUCUCACUUCACUUGGCUACAGUCCAUAUUCACUAACUUCCCUGCACUGCUCCAUUUCGUGAACAAAAUGAGGUGUGUAACUGGACUUUGCCCCAGGGAUUUCGAAGACUACGGCUGCUCUUGCCGGUUCGAGAUGGAAGGGCUUCCUGUGGAUGAAGUGGACAGCUGCUGUUUCCAGCACCGCAAAUGCUAUGAAGAAGCCGUGGAGCUGGAGUGCUCAUGGGACCCUGCCAAGAUAUCUAUGGACAUCAGCUGUCUUACGAAAAACAUUACCUGUGAGUCUGGGGAUCCUUGUGAACGGCUUCUCUGCAAUUGUGACAAAGCGGCUAUUGAGUGUUUUGUCCAUUCACACAUUAACUCUUCCUUGAACGGCCUGGAUGUCUCCUUCUGUCCAGGUCAGGUUACAGAAACAACUAGCAAGAAAGGAUUGACAACACUUCAUAUGGAGGAGCUUCUUUACCACCGGGGUGAUAAACCACUGCUGACAACUACUUCCAUGACAGAAGGAAUUCCACCUGCAGCCAGCAAUACCAGCUUGAACCCCCCCACUUCUGAGUUUACUCCCAGAGAGCUCAGCAGUGCACGGGGGAGAACGCCCAAAGCAGAAUUUAUCGCAAGAGAUCACGAAGGCAUAUCUGCGUCCUUUGUGGAUCCCACACUAACAGUAACUACAGUGAAGAUCACAGCCACACCAGCAGCUGCAACUGAAAUUCAGAGGGGGCAGGAAGGCGAUUUAAUUGUAAGCGUACCUUCAGGAGUUACAGAGGAUGCUUUCCCGACGGAAGGGCCAACCACAGCCACAGCCGGUAUUAACUCAACAGGGCCAGACGUGAUACCCACUGAAAACGAUCCCACCACGACAACAGAACAAGAGACGAGCUUUAAGAUAGGAGAAGCGAGCACAGCUUCCUCUGCGAUAUCCCCAGAAGUGACACUCGCUGAGAGGGGGCCUGAUGAAGCUGUCAGACAAGUCUGUGACAGAUUCACCUUUCUGCAAAUGAGAGGGAACGGAAAGGUGAAGCGGGAGCUGCCUCGGCUAGGAGAAAUGCUGUUUUGCUUGACUGAUCGAUGCCCACAGGAAUUUGAAUCUUAUGGCUGCUACUGUGGCCAAGAAGGAAGAGGUUAUCCUACAGAUGUACUGGACAGGUGCUGUUUCUCCCAUCAAUGCUGUAUGGAACAAGUUAAAAAACUUGGGUGCCAGCCAGAGGGAAGUUUGAGAUCUGAAGUUGUAUGUUUAGAUCAUAAACCGAAGUGCAUUGGCUGGAGCAUGUGCGAGAAGCUCCUGUGUACCUGUGAUAAGACAGCGGCUGAGUGUAUGGCUGCCGCCUCUUUCAAUGAAAGCUUGAGGUUCCUAACCAGGCAAGCCUGCCAAGAGAACAAAGCCUCAUGUCGGAGUGGAAUAGCUGAGAGGCCUGCAGGUGACACUGGAAUAGGCACCAGAACCUCCAGCUCGGAGGAGAGCAGUGAGGAGGCAGGUCCGUGGAGGAGUGCUUUAAGAAGAAUAAAGAGAGCUGCACGACAUCCCCGGGGAAAAGCCAGAGCCACACCACAAGAGAGAUAG